AUGUUUUCGACAACUACUUCCAUGCAAGGUCGUAUCAAUAUAACUUGUCAAUAUCCAAUUGCGCCAUCACCAGAUACCACACCAGUAUUAUCAGUUACACAGAGUUCCAAGACCGAAAUUAUAAAUACUCAGAAAGUUGACUUGACAUGUCAGAACAAUACAGACGAGCUCGGUCGUAUCAAUAUAACUUGUCGAUAUCCAAAUGCGCCAUCACCAGAUACCACACCAACAACUUCGUACACAGAGAGUUCCUCAACAGAAACUUAUACUCAGAAAGUUAUCUUUACAUAUCAGAACAAUACAGACGAGCUCGAUGUAGGAUUGUUAGGUGGAUUGAUUAGUUGUAUUAUUGUAAUAAUAGUACUCAUUAUAGUCAUAAUUUACAUUGUUAUACGUCAGCACCAGAAGGAAAAAUUAUACAACCAACAAUCAACAGUCCUACCUCCUUCGGAUACUGAAUACAGCGGUGUAUACUUGACACCAACAGGUCCUUAG